AUGGACAUGAAUUUGAUUGUAACAGACUCUAGUAGCUCAAAAGAUCCAUAUCUAUCUGAUCAUACUGGUUUUCAAAGAUUAAUUGGRAAACUCAUUUAUCUUUUAGCAACUAGACCUGAYAUUGCGUUUGCUGUUCAUUGUUUAAGUCAAUUCAUGCAUGCUCCAAGGCAAUCUCAUYUAAAUCUUGCUCUUAGAAUUCUUAGAUACUUAAAAUUGUCUCCUGGCAAAGGUGUUAGCUUCAUCAGAUCUGAAAAUUUUUCUCUUAGUGCUUACGUUGAUGCCGACUGGGGUAAGUGCCUUUCCUCUAGAAGGUCUGUUACUGGUUUUUGUAUAUUUCUUGGUAAUUCUAUGCUUUCAUGGAAAAGCAAGAAACAAAGCACAGUUUCACGCUCUUCUGCUGAAUCCGAGUAUAGAGCAAUGGCCACYGUUACGU